GACUUCCGGGCAAUUUAAAUAAUUAUGAUAUUUAGAUAUGUUUGUUAUCUAGCAACAAUUCCCUAGAGUAUUGGUAGGCAGUUGGUAAACACUCUGUAUAUGGAAAUACUUAGUACCGGUACAUUUCUGGCUCAAUUUAAAUAUUGUGACUCAUUUAAAUGACUAGACGCUGGAAUGUAUUUUAUCUUUUUCAUUUUGUCGUGAAUGUAGAUGGUGUUUGACUUCCAACUUGAGAAAGAAUCGUCAGUAUGAAAUUGAGUGAGGAACAACUACUGGAUAGCUUCACUAGCUUACUGCGAACUAUCACAGGUCUCACUCCAUUUAUCGCCACAAUGUUUCUAUUUGUCUGCAUGUUCAGUACAAAAGAAAAGAUGAAACAUAUAAGAGGUGAAUUAAAAAAUAUUACAUUUAUGUUGGAGAGCAAAAAAAGUAAGAAAACAAGAUUUUUGCCAGACGUCGAAGAUAUAGUAAUAGAUAAGCAAUCAUUUCGCCGACCUGUAAAACUUGGUUUGAUGACACUUUAUCUGAAGCUCAAAUCAUUGAGAGAUGAACAUAAUAAUUUGCUUUUUUCCUCACAAUCACUUAACAAAAGAUUUCAAACUGAUUUGCUCUUCAUGAUAGUGCAAACAUUCUAUUUGCUAUUAAUGUGUACCUAUGGUCUCGCAUUCAAUAUUGGCGACAUUGAAGAAAAAGGAGAAUACAACCUGAUUAAAUUCUUCAUCCUAAUUUUGACAAUCAUUGUCUAUAGGCUGUUUCUGUGCUGGUUGGUUUGCUAUGGAGCAUCGUCCAUAGAUGUUGAGAGUAAAUUAUUGGAAAUGGCAAUAAUGAAACUAUCUCUCUCAAAUAUUAAGCAGAAACGCUCUCAAGUGGAGAUACAGCUUUUUUAUCUUCAAUGCAAGAACAGAGAAGCCCCAUUCAAUAUUUUCGGAAUGUUUGCUAUUGGCAAAUCAUUUAUGUUCAUGAUGCUGACCACUAUAAUAAGCUAUAUUGCCGUGAUAAUUCAGUUCACCUAUGAGGCUCAAGCAGACAAAAUGAGUAACAAUACAUCAGGAGCCUCAGCCACCAAUGCAACUAGCAAAACUGAAAUCUAGGGAAAUACCGUUGGCCCACGGUAGGACUACUAUUGCUCGGGCGAUGGAAUAAUAUUAGUGAAUGAACCCGAGGAUGGUACUUGCAUCCAGUGUGCUAAUUGAAAGUAACGGGUCAUCCCUAACUAAUGGCAUUCCACUAAUUAACUACAUUUUCGUCAAGAGUUGGAUUUAUAUAAGGACUUCUUGUUCAUUGUCAACCACUGUUUGUAAUCCAUCAGAGUUU